ACUGAAUAAAAAAUGCCCCAUAAAACAGAUCUCAAGUCCGCGUCCUUUCUUUCUCCUCUCUCAAACACACACUCUCGCAAUCCAAACCAAUUCUUUUCACCCAGAAAUUGACUCUCUGAACCCUAAUUUUAUCCCUAAUAUUCACGUGCAAAUAUCUCCUUAAUUCCUUGAAUUUUCCAAUCUUAGCUCAAUUUCAAGCAGAAUUCGAAAUUUGAAUCAGAAUUUUGUCCUCAACCGAACGAACUCGGCUCUCAAAAUUUUACCUUUUUGCAAGUUUAUUUUAUUCAAUUUUUGCUUAGGAUUCGAAGAAUUUUUGGAAAAAGUAUCGUUCUUUUUCAGCGUUUGAGCUGCUUGGGGUUUAGUUUUUGGAAAGAGUUUCGUUGAAUUUUAUUGCUCUCAAAGCUGAUUGGAAGUAAAUUUUGGUUGAAAUUUGAAGAAUUUUCGGUGAAAUAAUUGGCUUUACAGUUUCCAUCCUCAGAAUAGGAGGGCUUUGGACAGGAAAGGUAUUUGUACCUUCUCUUACUCAACAAUUUAGCUGCGUGCUUCUGGUUCUUCUAUUGGUUUUAAGCAUUUAGUGGAUAUUGAAUUUUGAAGCUGUCAUGGACUAUGCGCUUUCUGAUAGCAGUGGAACAGAUGAUGACCUCCCUCCUUCACAUCAGAAUAGGUUUCAAAGAGGGGGUCGCACUGCUGUGGGGAAUGGAAGAUCAGCAGCUGUAGGUCCUGCUCCUUUGCCUCGGAUGCAUGGUGACAUUGAAACUCAAAUCCAUCUCAUUGAGCAGGAAGCAUACUGUUCAGUCUUACGGGCCUUCAAAGCUCAAUCAGAUGGUUUAACUUGGGAGAAGGAAGGUUUAAUUACUGAACUCAGAAAGGAGUUGAGAGUAUCAGAUGAGGAACAUAGAAAGCUUCUAUUGAGGGUUAAUGAUGAUGAUGCCAUUCGGAGGAUAAGGGAAUGGAGAACAGCAAGUGGGCUACAGCCUGGAAUGCUCAGUACUAGUCAACCUAUUCAUGACCCUGUACCUAGUCCUACAGUAUCAGGAUCACGCAAGAAGCAAAAAACGUCACAGUCUGUAGCUUCAUUAUCUAUGGCUGCACCAUCUCCUGCGCUGCAUCCGUCUAUGCAACCAUCUUCAUCAGCCUUGAGACAGGGUCCUCCCCCAGGAGGAAAGGGCAAGAAGUCAAAAUCAUCAAUGCAGUACCCUGCCACAAGUCUUCCUGGAAGGCCCCAGGCUCCUAAUCGCACUUCUUCAGGGGCCUUUGCAACAAAUGAACCUGCUGAAGCAGCGCCAUACGAUCGAUUAAUUGGAAGGAAAGUUUGGACAAGGUGGCCUGAAGACAACCAUUUCUAUGAGGCCGUUAUAACAGACUAUAACCCAGUUGAGGGGCGGCAUGCUUUGGUUUAUGAUAUUAAUACGGCAGAUGAAACCUGGGAAUGGGUCAAUCUAAAAGAGAUAUCUCCUGAAGAUAUUAGAUGGGAAGGUGAUGAUCCUGGAAUAUCCCGUAGAGGUGGUCGCCCUGGACCAGGCCGUGGGAUUAAGAAGUCCAUGGCUCGUGGUGGUGUAGUUGCUGGGGCAGGAAGAGGUAGGGGGGUUUUAAAGGGUCAGGCCAGAAAAGAUUUUCCUUUGACGCAAAACGGUGUUGGGAAAAAGGUUUUGGGUGAUAUUGAGAUGCUUCAUACAGAUACUCUAAUUAAGGAGGUGGAAAAAGUUUUUGGAGCAAGCCAUCCUGAUCCCAUAGAGAUUGAGAAAGCUAAGAAAGUGUUGAAAGAGCAUGAACAAGCCCUAGUUGAUGCAAUUGCGAGGCUAGAAGAUGCAUCUGACGGUGAUAGUGCAGAUGCAGAGCAUCAUCGGUUUUCACAAGGCCAAUCAAUGGAUCAAGAAAGAGCAUGGAGAAAACGGCAGUACGAUGAAAUGGGUGAUGGUAGGAUGGUAGAAGGGUCUGAUGGCAAUAAAUGACUGACUGACGAGAGAUGAGUCAGCACAGAAAGAUGGGAGGGGUAUUGACAUGCGAUUUUAACCACAGUUUUUGUAUAUCCAGUUGCAGUAGCAUCUGCCUCAAGUGUUUGUAUCUCGUUUUCCCCGUCACGUUCUACCAGCUGCUAGGCAUUUGACAUUUCAUUGGUUCAUACAUCUUUUCGUUAGCAGUCUGAUCGGGUUUAGUCUUUAUUGUAGCCUUAAUUUAACUCUAAGCUAGGAAAAUGCUUGUAUUAUGAAUUUUUUUUUUGAAUGCAGUGAAUACGUCCUGAUCAUGUAAAAGUUUGCAAGUGUUCAUUUAGUGUGUUUUAUCCA